AUGCAUACAUCAUACAAACCCAACCAGGCAGCCACGCGUCGCUAUGGGUUUGCAUGUUUAGUGUGCCGGCGGCGGAAGAUCAAGUGCGACGGUAAGAAGCCGAACUGUUCAAAUUGCGUCAAGGCCAAGGAGAUAUGCAACUACAAAGGAAGCCCCAAUUAUAACGCCCAGCUGCUUCACCAGGCUCAGCAGUCCAAGAAGCGCGCAGAAGACCUCGAGGCCCAACUCCGAGGUCUCGCCAGCUUGAGUCCCGAAGGUCGUGAUCACCGCCUCACAGAGAUUGUGCGCGACCUAGAUCGUUUCCAUGUAUCGGAAGCCUUGCCGGACGGCAUGUCCGAUUUAUCCAAGGCUUAUGAGAUCGAUAACGAAUCGGGGCAUGAAGAGGUGCCGGUUGACAAGCCAACUGAUUUCAGUGUCGGGGAACAUGGAACUUACUAUGGCGCUACAUCUAGGUUUCAUCCGCUUGAUACACAUGACAUCCCAUCGACACGAGCUCCCAAGCUGGAAGGAACCGAACACAAGGCCACCGAGGAGUAUCACCGCAAAUGGCUCGCCUCAAAUGCCAGAUUCCAGGAGUCUUUUGAGAAAGUAGCCUUCAGCCAUCUCACUCAAUAUACAGAUGUUGGCCUCGAUGUGUGUUCAACUCUAUUACAGAUCUUCUGGACGUGGCAAGCACCUCUUCACAAUUAUGUCUAUCGUCGAUGUUUCUACCGCGAUAUGGCCCUGAGUGGCCCCUACUUCUCUCCGUUUCUGUUGAAUGCGAUUUUUGCGCAUGCCUCUCGUCACACUAAAGACGAAGACCCCAGAUUCGCGGGUGCUGAAAGGGGUGAACAUUUCCUUCGGGAAGCUAAGCAGCUUCUGCUCGUGGAAAUGGAACAGGAGAAGCCUAAAAUAUGUACUAUCCAGGGUUUGUUGAUUCUCGGCGGCCGGCAAUGUGCUAUUGGAAAAAGUAGCGAGGGGUGGCUUUAUACUGGCAUGGCAAUCCGAAUGAUCACUGAUCUCGGUAUCCACCUUUACCGGGGAAACCUGGAAGGUCUUGAUGGCCUCGAACCUGAUGAUCUCGAAGUGAGAAAAAGGCUUUAUCUCUCCGCAUAUCUUUGGGACAAGUCAAUAAGCCUCUGCCUAGGACGGCAACCAUGUCUACCUGACCUACCAUAUGCACCGGAUAGUUUGUUUGACACAUCUGAUAACGACGACGAAUGGAAGCCUUUCUCCCUUCGAGAAAUAGAAGAUUCCUAUCCUUCGACCAAGUCCUACGGCACCACAACCUUCAUUCAUUUCUGCAAAUUAGCGAAGUUCUGUCACCCGCCGCAUAUCUUCUGCCUCAACAUUUUAUACCACACAAUGCUCAUACUGAUUUUCCGGCCAUUCUUCGGCUGGUCUCGUCACUCUAAGCUUCAAGACCAUGCGCUUGCACAACGAGCACAAAAGGUGUGCAUCGAGGAAGCGACAGAAGUGAAUAAGUUUUUUCGACAGUACGGACGAACUUUCAACUACCAGAACCAGACGUAUCUCAUCUCGUACUGUGUAUACACAGCUGCGACUAUCGACGUUCAGAUGAUCCAAAACGAGGAUGCCGAACUGGCCGCCGCCGCGGUAAACCGACUGUCGACAACACUCGAGAUGCUAGAGUCGGAGGCCAGACAGACCCCUGGGAUCAAGCGCAGUAUCGACAUCAUCAAAUCUCAUCUCGCCAAGCGCACUCAAGCGGGUCCUCAGGACAGUUCUGUAAUACACCAUCCUCUUGAACAGCAAUGGCGAAGUUUGGAUGUCAAUGGACCGGAGCAACGUCCAUAUCAAAAACCAGGAAUAGCGAGUUCACCCUCCGGUCACUUGGAAUAUCGCAUGUAUCGUGAGAAUCACCACAGCGUCGCUCCUCCAACCUGGGAGCAGGCACCAGAUGAGAAUAUUGGGAACAUUAUGACACAAGCAAUGGACAUUGAUGCUCCAUGGAGGGACUGGGAAUUUUUCAAUGCGGGCGGAGGCUUCGUUCCCGGCCAUGCGAACUGGACGCCCUUUGAUGCAGCAUACAACUACCAUUUGUAUUAG